GCCGUAUAUAAGAGAGGCAACGAAUAAUAGUAAAAAUUCUAAACACAGAGUGUGUUAACGAUUUUCUUGCUUUCAUUCCUGUUUACGUAUUUUGAUUUGGUUAAUGAGCUGUUCAUCAACUACAGCGAUUAUAUUUCUCACACACCCUAAAUUUAAAAUUUUCCAUUUCUUAACCAUUGGCAAUUCCAUAAGAACCAAACAAACCGUUGCAUUCCCUUAAGCUCGAAUCAACCCGCUGCUGCUCUCAUUCACAGCUCAAAGGAUGGCGGUGGAGCCCUUGACGUCUGGUGCUAGUGGCCGCAUCAACGCCCUCUUCUCUUUACGUGCUUUGAGGAGCCUCUUGCUGCUACUAAACGCCGUCGUCUUGUUUCUCCUAGUGCCAUUCCGGGGGAAAGCUAAUUCUGGGGAUAACGUCGGAAAGGAUGAGAAGCAGGAGAGCGGGAGAAAAGGGUCGGCUUCCACCGUAAUUAGGGUGCCCUGGGCGUUGUUGCCUUGGAGAAACGCCACCAUGGCUGUAGACCAUGAGGUGGCCGCCGCGGUGAGGCGGUCCCAAGCGAUUCGGAGGGUGUUCCAGGAUGAUGAUGAUGACACGGUGAGGGAGUUUUGUCUGUUUUCUACUGCUAGAGGUGACACGUUAUUCACUCAGUCUUGGACUCCGAUUUCCGUCCAAGUCAGGGGACUAGUUGUUCUGUUGCAUGGCCUCAAUGAACACAGUGGCAGAUACACUUCCUUUGCAGAGCGGCUUAAUGCAAAUGGAUUCAAGGUCUAUGGAAUGGAUUGGGUUGGACAUGGUGGAACUGAUGGGAUACAUGCAUAUGUUCAUUCUCUUGAUGAUGCUGUUGUUGAUUUGAAAAUAUUCCUUGAUAAGGUUUUAGCCGAGAAUCCCGGCCUUCCAUGCUUUUGCUUUGGUCAUUCAACGGGUGGCGCUAUUGUCCUUAAAGCCGUGCUUGAUCCCAAGGUUGAAGCACAAGUAGCAGGCAUUAUAAUGACUUCACCAGCGGUAGCCAUCCAGCCGACUCAUCCAAUUGUUAUGGCACUUGCACCGGUCAUCUCAUUUCUAGUGCCAAGAUACCAAAUCACGGUUGCGAAUAAAAAGGGCAGGCCAGUUUCUAGGGACCCGCAGGCACUGGUGGAGAAAUAUUCCGAUCCAUUGGUGUACACGGGACCCCUCCGUGUAAGAACUGGUUGUGAGCUUCUUAGAAUUACAUCCUACUUGCAGCAAAACCUGAGGAAAUUCACGGUUCCUUUCUUCGUUCUUCAUGGUACCGAUGAUACCGUAACAGAUCCUCAAGCUUCUGAAAAACUGUAUAAAGAAGCUGCCUCAACCGACAAAACGAUCAGAUUAUUCCAAGGGCUGUUACAUGAUCUCCUGUUUGAACUGGAACGAGAAGCUGUAACGGACGGCAUAAUCGAGUGGUUAAAUUGUAGGGUAUAACAGAAGAAGAAGGUAGGUUGGGAAGAGAGGUUCAAGUACCGUGGAAAGGAAUAAGUUCUCUUGGUGGUAAAGGAUGUUAGGCAUCAGCAGAGUUUCGUUUUUCGUUGUAAAAUGAUACUAUGAUCUCUAAUGACAGGAUUUUAUGUUAAAACUUGAGGAUUCAUGUCCGCUCUGCAGCUACAAUUUUCCCUUUUUGAGAAGAUGAAGUCUCAUUUGCAUCAUUGUUAGA